AAUGUCAAUUCAGCAAUGAAAAUUGGGCUCGCAAAAUUCGCUCUAACGCGUAACGCUCUAUGCGUUAAAAAAACUGCAUAAAAAAAAAGAACGUCAAUAUAGUCAGAUGUGCAGUGGGUUAAAGUUUAUAGUUAAAUCAUAAGAAAGCUCAAUUUGAGAAGAAUUUGUUGCUUUGUUUUUUCUUCUAACUCAGUAAAGAAUAAUUAAGUAAAAUGGGAGAACGAAAGGGAACAAAUUUGUACUAUCCACCGGACUAUGAUCCUCGUGUCGGUGGUCUCAAUAAGUUUAUGGGCACUCACGCAUUACGUGAGCGUGCCCGUAAACUUCAUAUGGGUAUUUUGAUCAUACGAUUUGAAAUGCCCUACAAUAUAUGGUGCAAUGGAUGCGGAAAUCACAUUGGUAUGGGAGUGCGUUACAAUGCGGAGAAGAAGAAAAUUGGAAUGUAUUACAGCACACCGCUUUAUCAGUUUCGCAUGAAGUGUCAUCUGUGUGACAAUCAUUUUGAGAUAAAAACUGAUCCUGCAAAUCUCGACUACGUCAUAGUAAGUGGCGCGACGCGUCAAGAAAAUCGAUGGGAUCCUAAACAAAAUGAACAAAUAGUACCUGAGACAAAAGAAGUAUCUCACAGAUUAUAUGAUGAUGCUAUGUACAAAUUGGAGCAUGGUGUGGAAGAUAAAAAAGUAGCCAAAUCUCGAGAUUCAGCAUUGGAGAGUGCAAUAGCUUUAAAUGAAAGUAUCUGGAAAGAUGACUACAAUUCCAAUUGUGCAGUGAGAGCUUUAUUUCGGGAGAAGAAAAAGGAACUCCAGAAGAAGCAGUCUGAAAAUCAUGCGUUAUUGAAAAAGACUGGGCUAGAUAUUGAUUUGAUCAAUGAACACGAGGAUGACAUCAAAUUAGCUAAAUUACUUACUCAUAGAAAAGAUCCAAAGAAAAAGGGAAGUACAGAAUUGAAACGAUUGGUCUCGAUUGUGAGAUUUAAAAAUAAUAAAAAACGGAUAUCUUCCUCUUCAAAUAAUUUAUUAAAGAUACGAAGUCAAGAAUCACUAAAAGUACAGGAAGUAACGGAUACCGCGACCACUUCAAAAGCCAGUAAUAGUUCAAGCACAUCUCUAGUAAAUUAUGAUAGCUCUAGUAACGAUAGCGAUAGUUAGUAUUUCAGAUUUGUUAUUUAUAUAUCUGUUAAGUGUUUUUAUGUAUAUUUACGAAUAAAGUGAGAUAUCAAAGUUUCUAGACUACCAGGAAUAACAACAUGCUGUACACACGUAUUA